AUGAACUUGGCUUCUUCUUCUGCUCUACGUUUAGAUUCUUCUUCUGCCUUAAGCUUGGCUUCUUCUUCUUCUGCUUUACGUUUAGCUUCUUCUUCUGCCUUAAGCUUGGCUUCUUCUUUUGCCUUAAGCUUGGCUUCUUCUUCUGCCUUAAGUUUGGCUUCUUCUUCUGCCUUACGUUUUGCUUCCUUUUCUGCUUUUUGCUUAGCUUCUUCUUCUGCUUUUUGCUUAGCUUCUUCUGCCUUACGUUUGGCUUCUUCUUCUGCCUUACGUUUAGCUUCUUCUUCUGCUUUAAGCUUAGCUUCUUCUUCUAGUUUACGUUUGGCUUCUUCUUCUGCCUUAAGCUUGGCUUCUUCCUUGGCUUCUUCUUCUGCUUUACACUUGGCUUCUUCUUCUGCCUUAAGCUUGGCUUCUUCCUUGGCUUCUUCUUCUGCCUUACGAUUGGCUUCUUCUUCUGCCUUAAGAUUGGCUUCUUCUUCUGCCUUAAGCUUGGCUUCUUCUUCUGCCUUACGUUUGGCUUCUUCUUCUGCUUUAAGCUUGGCUUCUUCUUCUGCCUUACGUUUGGCUUCUUCUUCUGCUUUAAGCUUGGCUUCUUCUUCUGCCUUACGAUUGGCUUCUUCUUCUGCCUUAAGAUUGGCUUCUUCUUCUGCUUUACGUUUGGCUUCUUCGUCUGUGUCAGGAACCGGUGUAGUUUCCUUUACAGACUGGUCUUGUUCUUCCUCCUGUGGUGUUGGUGUUGUUUCACGAUCAAACUCAGCUGAUUCUCCUACAUCUGAAGAAGAAAAUAUUUUAAAUAUUUUAAUAUUUGGUUAUUUUGUUACAACAAUUUGUCGCUAA